CGAGGCGAUGGACGUCAUAUGUAUCUUUUAGCCACGAAUUUUCAGAGAAAUACUGCGAAUUUUGAUUAUGCGUUCCAGCGAGUUAAUGAGGUAUAAGUUUAGCCACUUAGUAAAUUUACAGUUUAUUUUUUGGCUGUUUAAAAAGUGUUUUCGGUAACAAAUUCGUGUCGCAAAUUUCCAGUUACAUUCAGAUUUUUCCAAUUUUCGAAUGCUGUUCGGAGCCCUUGGGCUUUGUGAUAUUAUUUUGUAGCAGCACGAAUUGCACUAGACGAUGUCACAACGCUUGCACCGGCGGAAACCCCGGAGAGCAAUUAAUUUUACUCGCGUGCUAUUGUUUAUCAGUUCGCAGUGGAUGUUCCGUAGCUGACUUUAUUGCAGUGAUCAUGGCCAGUUCCCCGUUGACUCAUGAGAGAAUGCGGCGCUGGGAACUGAUCUUAAAAAGUUACUUUGAAUCGAAGCAGAAUCGUGAAAAGCGUCUUCCUGCGGUUGAUGUGGCAGCUGAAUCACACAUUGCUGGUAGUGGUCAAAAGGUUAGACCGACGGAAGAACGACGACAAUGGAGCAGCCGUUGGGAAUAUUACUUAUCCUGCUUGGCUUAUGCUACCGGUUUGGGCGAUUUAUGGCGAUUUCCUUAUCUGGCAUACUUAUUCGGAGGUGGAUCGUUUCUGCUGGCGUAUUUUAUAAUCCUGGUGCUAAUGGGGAUCCCGAUGAUCUUGUUGGAAAUAGCAUUGGGCCAAUAUACCGGAACGGGGCCUGUCAAGAUAUUUCAGCGGCUGUCGCCAUUUUUUGGAGGAUUGGGAUAUGCCAUCAUCGCCAAUCAGUUUCUGAUCUGCACCUACUACGCAAUGAUUUUGGCUUGGGCCUUCUUUUACCUUUUUGCCAGUUUUACAAAUGAUCUCCCUUGGACACACUGUGGCUCAACGUACUCUGGUCCCUUUUGCCAUUCUACAAAUGACGCCAUAAACUGUUGGAAGUUGGGAGGAGUGUACCAAGCCCGAUGUUACAGUCCCAUGCUUGCUCAACAAAUGAACCUUUCGCCUAUUCCUCCAAGCCUAAAAACUACAUCUUCGGAAGAAUAUUUUAAUCGCUACGUUUUGCGCAUAUCGGAGUCGAUUUCCAAUCCAGAGAGUCCCGACUGGAGACUUGCCCUUUGUUUACUACUUGCUUGGAUUGUUGCAUUCCUUUGCAUAAGCAAAGGCGUACACAGCAUUGGAAAAGCCGUAUGGGUUACAACCAUUUUUCCUUUUGUGAUUCUGAUAAUUCUAACGAUUCACGGAGGAACCCUGGAUAAUGCCGUUAGCGGUAUCUGGCAUUUUAUCACUCCGAACUGGAAACGCUUAUUAUCAGUAAAACUGUGGGUGCAAGCAGCGUCCCAAGUGUUCUUCAGCUUAAGCGUGGGUGGAGGUGGUCUUAUUACGUAUUCGUCUUAUAACACCUUCCGGCACAAUUUCUACUUUGACGGAAUUAUCAUAUCUCUUUUCAACGGCAUUACUUCUCUUCUUGCCGGGUUUGCAGUAUUCUCGGCCUUAGGAUUCAUGGCUGGACAGAUGGGCGUUUCGGUGGGAAGUAUAGUUAAAGAAGGUCCGGGACUGACCUUUAUCGCCUACCCAGAUGCGAUAUCCAGAAUGCCAGUGCCGACCCUUUGGGCUAUUCUGUUCAAUUUUAUGAUUUUAUGCUUGGGACUGGAUACCCUGUUUGCCAUAAUUGAAACAAUCGCAACCGGUAUUUGCGAUCACUGGCCGAAAUUCACCAAACGACGAGUAUGGGUUAUAAUGGCCAUUUGCUGUGCUGGUUUUGCAGUGGGUUUGUUGUAUACAACCAGGGCUGGCAUAUACUGGGUUCAACUAGUCGACGAUUUUGUAGCUGGAUGGCCGCUCAUCUUUUUUGGAUUCUGUGAAAUCGUGAUCAUACUGCUGUAUGGUGUUAACAAAUUUUCGGAUCUGAUUUACUCCAUGACCGGACAUCACGUGAACUGGAUUUACAAGACUGCGUGGUGGAGUGUGAUUCCCUUGUGCACACUGGGCCUGAUCGUUGCUGACUGGAUUUACUACGAACCAACAAAGUACAACGGUGUCAGACUUCCGUUGUGGACUCAAGUCAUUGGCUGGAUGCUGGCGCUGGGUCCAGUUAUGCUAAUACCGCUGCACGCAGCCUAUGAAAUCUACAAUAACAGGAAGCUGUCCUUUUGUGCGAUAUUAAAGACGCUUUUCACUCCAACAUCGCGCUUUCAACCCCAAAGUGCUUCCGUGGAGGUGCUGUAUUCCCAGAUUCUGGUUUCGCCGGAAAGUAUUAAUCCGCUUCUACCAAGAAUAUAUCCGGCUGAUGUACAUGCAGAAUCUCGUGUAUAAUAAUUAUUGAUUGUACAGAUGUAUGGGGCUUACACCUAUGCGGUGUUCCUCUUUACUGUAACAGUUGAUAGUGAAGUGGCUUUGCCAGUCACGAAGGUCAACAAUAAAACCUCUGCCUGUCUUAAUUUUAUUACCGUCGCUCC